UUUAUUGAAAUCGCAAUCAGUCGGUUCGAGCGGUUGGUAUCGCUGUCAAGUGUCAAGUGUCAGACGGGUUGGUCCGUUCAAAAAUGGAUGCCGCUGUAGCAUCAACAUUGCCCGAUAAUGUGUUGGAAGUAAUUUUUUCAUAUUUGUCUCUGCAUGAUUUGAGGAACUGUUCUUUAGUGUGUAAGAGAUGGUAUAGUUUUUUAAAUGAUGAAAAUAACGACGUUUGGAGGCUGCACUGUAUUCGGAAACUAGCCGAAGAAGCACUAAAGUCAGAUUUGUUGUCUUCAGUUCCUACGUAUAAAGCGAAAUUGCGGGCGUUUUACCACGCCUGGAAUCCGAACGACUGCUCUAGAAAUAUUUAUAUUAAGCCUAAUGGGUUCACGUUACACCGAAAUCCCGUAGCUCAAAGCACGGACGCUUCGAGAGGUAAAAUCGGAUUUAGACAUGGGAGACACGCUUGGGAGGUGAUCUGGGAAGGGCCCUUGGGGACGGUCGCCGUCAUAGGAAUUGCCACAAAAGACGCACCUCUGCAGUGUCACGGUUACGUGGCCCUGCUGGGCUCGGACGACCAGAGUUGGGGCUGGAACUUAGUUGAUAAUCAUUUACUGCACAAUGGAGAUGCUCAAGGCAAUUACCCGCUACUUAACAAUGCCCCUAAAUAUCAAGUUGGGGAGCGAAUUCGGGUGAUUUUAGAUUGUGAUGACAACACGCUAUCUUUUGAAAAAAACUACGAGUUUUUGGGAGUGGCCUUUAGAGGAUUGCCAGAUAAAAAAUUGUAUCCAACAGUUUCUGCCGUUUACGGAAACACUGAAGUUUCAAUGGUGUAUCUCGGACCACCUUUAGAUGGCUAACACAGCUGGAAGUUGACGUUAGUCUGUUAAUUAACUGAAAAAAGGGGUUGGAUGCUUCAAGAUGGCUCAUUCAGGACAGCAGGUUUGCCCAUGUGAUAAUUACAUUUUACUUCAGUCAGUCAUACUUCCAUUAAAAAUGAGUAUGUAGGACAAUUUAAACAAUGGUAGAUGUAGAAUUUUUAUAACAGUAGACUAAGAGAGGUGCAUUUGAAGUAUAUGUUGUCACAAACUUAACUAAAUAACAGUCCACAAGGAGGAAUUGAUUUCGUUUUAAUACGUUUUAUUUAUUUUUUAGAUGCUACCACUUUUUACAUCAAAUGCACUAAGUAAAUAAACAUUUUGCCAUAUUCCGUGACCUGAUUGCCACUUUUUUAACACUGAAACAGAAACAUUGAGUGAGUAGACUUUUAGGGAAUCAAUUCAAAUUGGGUGCUUUCUUGCAAUUUUUUGUUGCAAUAUUUUCAUCAUUACUGCUAUAAAAUUGCCUCCCAGUAACAAAUUUUAAUAACACUGCCAAAAUACAGGAGUUACGCAGCUGAAAUAAAAGACAAUGAAAAAAGUCGUAAUUAUUAAAAAUUGUAAUGACGUGGUUUGAUAUCUAUCUGUUUAAUGAGUAUCGAAAUUUGCAUAUGAAUGCAUAAUGGUGUUUUUAGUGAUCGUUUGACCCCAGAUAUGUUUUUAUGCAAAGUAGAACAAACAUUUUUAUUGAAAAAACGGAGGUAAUUUUAUAGUAGCAAUGACCUCCAGGACCGGAUCGAGACUUUAUUUAUUUUUAGGAACAAAUUCAUCGAAAGUUCAGGAUAUUUUUAGACAAGGGUUGACCAAAAAAUUACAAAAUAAAAAAAUAAAUUGUUUUAUCGAAAAAAAAAAAAUUGAGCCUUUUACCAAUAGUUUAACACAUUUUGUUACAAAUGAACGGAAAUAUCACGCGAGUGAUUUAAAUGUGGAGCAAUUUUUGCAAUUUUCGAACUUUUUUAAGUACGUUUGACAUGAAAUUGUUACACAAAAAUUCCUGAUUGGGUUAAAAAUGCAUUAUUUUUGCGUAUUUUAGCGUUUAAGUGAUACUUUUUUGGUUCAAAAACAGUGAUAUUGUUGCUUAUUUAAACACAGUCUUCUGAAGAAAUAUUAUUUAUCAGUAAGUUACUAAUUGUUUUAACUUUUUACCCUCGAUCCGGCCUUGGUGGUGCCAAUUUUGUAGAAUGACUACAUUUUUGAUUAAUUUUUUACGUUGGCAGUCAAUGUAGUCGUGUACAAGUCUCGAAAAAUAAGCCAUUGUUGCCUUGUAAUUUCAGAACUUUGUUUUCUUGUUUGUUUCUGUGAUAUUUUCGAGCAAAUGUUUAUUUAUCAUGAUUUUAAAAUUCUUGAUCUGGUAUUAAGCUUGUUGUUUUUUAUAUUAUUUAUUAUUUAUUUUGCCACGACCAGUAGUUACGUAACUUUGUAACCAUGAAAUGUAAGCAUAUUCGUCCUCACUCUGCUUCGCAAAGUAAUAAAUUGAUAAAUGUAACUUUUUGUCAUUGCAAAUGCAUUUUUGCUAUUUGAACCCAAAAUUUCCUAAUGCAAACGCAAGCCUGAAUAUUUCAAUUAUUUUGGGUUUCGAUAGCAUCGGAUAUAUUUUUUUAUCGAUGAAAGUGAUGUAACUCAUCUUGUACAGGUCCAAAGGUUUGGAUAAGUUUGCAGAUAUCUAACAAAUGCAUUAAUGAAACCAUAAAUUGUACUAAAGCGUAUAAUCUUGAUUUGUUACCAAUGUUUUAGGUUGUACUCUUGUAAAUAUGUAUGUAUGUACGUUUACAUUUUUUCAAGUAAUCGAUACUUAAAUAGUAUUAAAAUAAAUUCUAGUCAUUUGUAUUAACGAGCUGUUAAUGCGUAUCUCGGCAUUUUGUUCGGCUUGGAUGUAUGAGCACUAUUCUAAAAUUCAAAUUGUCCACCUUGAAGUUGACGUCCUAAAUAUUUAAAUCGAACUCCAAUUGGAAGUCAAUGCGUGCAGUGCAAAAACAGAAAACGCAUUAAUCCUGCAUAAUAUUUUUAUAAAUAGACACAAUUGUAUCAGAAUGUCUGCAUUAUUUAUACUAGAAAUAUAACAAAAGGAUUUUUUACUUGCAUUAUGCACGUUUUUAGCAUUAUUCAAGGACUGUUCCUUCCACGAAAUCGUGUGCAGGUGCGCGCAAAUGUAAAUAAUUUCUUGAUUUUUAAUAUUAGGACUUUAAAAAUCGCGUACUUAAUUUAACGAUGUUAGGGAGCACUUUGUUAUUUAUUUCGUAUUUUAGGAAAUGGCGGGAUACGCUUUCGUACAAAUAACGAGUUGUUCACACGAGACAAAUCAAUUGCGCUCGUGCGAUCAACCGAAGCCUUGCAUCUGUUAGUUUAUUUGGUUGUGCAUUUUUUACCAAGUCAAUUUCAUUUACAAUAGUUACCAUUUUUAUUACAAGGUAUGUGCAAGUAUAGUAGGUAUUUAUGGUUUGUAUAAAUUGUUUUUAAAUAUAACAAUAAAAUGUU